UCGGUGGGAAUAUAAUUUUGUUCACAAAUUCCCAAAGCGGAGAGAGAGAGAGAGAGUGAGAGAGAGAGAAAUGCCUUCCCUUUUUAGGGGAGACGAAGACGAAACCCUAAUUCCCCCAAAUCCACUAUGAAGCGUAUCAUCAGAAUCUCUUUCACCGACGCCGAAGCCACCGAUUCUUCAAGCGACGAAGAAGAGACGGAGAAUCUUGGAGGAGGAGGAUCCCAAACCACUCGCCGCCGUGGUAAGCGUCUCGUCAAGGAGAUCGUAAUCGAUCCUCCCGAUUCCGCCGAUGAUAAACUCGCCGUCUGCAAAACACGGUUCAAAAUCAGGAUCCCGGCUGAAUUUCUCGCGGCGGAGAAGACGAAGGAGAGGAAGAAGUAUCGCGGAGUGAGGCAGAGACCGUGGGGGAAAUGGGUGGCGGAGAUCAGAUGUGGU